AUGGCUCCAGGCUGGAGACCUAGGCUGAGGCCCACGUCAUACCCCUCCCCCGCCUUCAUCAUCGCCGCUCGACCCAUUGCUUCCUCCUACCAACAUCAAUUGCGCCCAUCAACAUAUCACGCCGUUAAGAUGCCUACCUAUAUUGUUACCCUCAAGGACGACGCCACGCCGGAGCAGGUCAAGGAGACCAAGGCCAAGUGCGUCGAGCAAGGCGGCAAGAUUAUCCACGAGUACGACAUCAUCAAGGGCUUCUCUGUCAGCUAUCCCGAGGACUCCAUCACCGCCCUCGAGUCUCACCCCUACGUCAAGGCUGUUGAGGCCGACGGUAUCGCCACUACCCAGUAG